GCGAGCACAUCUGCGGAAUUGUUUAGAGAAACUCAAAGAUAUAGUACCUCUGGGGCCAGAGGCAUCUAGGCAUACGACUUUAGGACUAUUAACGAAAGCCAAGAGGUUCAUAAAGACCCUCGAAGACAGAGAACGAAAGCACUCAGUAUAUAAGGAGCAGUUGAGCCGGGAACAAAGGUUUCUCGCCAGGAGACUAGAGCAACUGUCGUUACAUUUUGCCAUGUCAAAGAGGCGUUCCGUAUCGGAAUGUUCCUCGUCGACAAUGUCUAGUAGUUAUUCCACCACGUCCUUCUCUUCUGCGCCUUCGCCCAUUUCCGAAUCAGACGAAGUGGACGUCAUCGGCUACACGAGCACCCAAAGCGACACCGACGACCAUUCGAGCGUCCAGUCGGCGUCCAGCGACAGCGGCGUUGUUAUGUCCACCAGCCGUCUCACGCUCUCCGAAAUGGACGUCCUGUAGGUAGACGAAGGAAGAAAGACGAAGGAUGAUCGGACGGAAAGGACGCGGACGCGUUCCAAGCCAGUAUAGCCCCCUCUCUUCCCCGUGGCCCUCAACCCCCUCUUCGAGGACGUGUCCGCCCUAGUCAACGAAAACAGUCUGUCUUCUUCUAGUCCAGCCAUUAUGUGACUACAAUGUCGAUGACGGUCGCGUUCGGUUGUACGAAACGUACGAGAAUCACGAAAUUGGUGGCGUAUGGUUAUUUUGUUGACUACUUCAAAAUUUGAAGGGCGUGGGUGAAUUUUCGGUAGAGGAAAUUGAGGCACUCAAACUGAAGUUCUUUUUGUCUACAGCACUUUACAGAAAUGAUACACCGCGAAAAAAUAUGCUCCACUCAAUACUUUUCUUCCCUUCGAAAGUCAAGUCUAAAUUAAACCAUUCAUCUAUCUAACCCUACCUUUUGAUAAAAAAUUACUUUCGUUUAUGAAAUUCACUGAAAAGUGACCCCACGAUAUUAUUUUGGGCCAGCACCGUACUAAUCACUCUAUAAAUACGUUAUAUUUUAUAUCACUUUUCAACUCGGAUAUCCAGCAACUUAAAUAUUCCGGUAUGCGGAAUAUUAGACAGAGCCACUCACAAUUUGAGGUUCAAAUUUACAAUCACGGUAACAGGCAAGUUACAUUUCAUAACCCACUUUUCAAUUCGGAUAUCUGGCAAAGUGAAUAUUCCGGAAUGUGGAAUAUUAGACAGAGCCAUUCACAAUGUGAGGUUAAAAUUUAUAAUACGGUAUACUUGAAGGUUACAAUUGAAACCUCUGGCGUAAAACGUCUAUAUUAACAACAUUUUUCCACACUAGAAAAAAAAUAAGAGUACAAGAACAACACUUUAACAUCGAACGACAUUGAUACGUACCACAGAAUAUAUCACAGAGGAGAUACUCAGCACAGAACAGGAACAAUGAAAAUUCGACAAUUUUGAGGUGAUUACUGUCAACCUUGGAAUUUCGUCCAGUUGUUAGUGAACAUGGUAAACUAAAGCUAGUGUGGUCAAAAUGUUGGCCCAACAACCUACCUUGAUGAUUUCUUGACUGCUAUCACAUGAAAUAGAUCAAAUAAAAGCUGAAAAAUUGUAAAUGAUUUUAAUUUACCGCUAAAAAUGGCACUGAACACCUCGAACACAGAAUAUAGUUCACAGAAAUUUGACAUCUCAAAAUGGGUAUCUUCUGUAAGGUAUUCUGUGAUACCAUCAAUAGUCGAAUUUGGAAUUCAAAUCACGUUUGUAUAGCUAUCUCUCUUAGAUAUAUUGGAUUCUGUAUAAAGGUAUGUGUUUUAGCGCGAGUAAAUAAGUUGUUUCUUUUGUGUGUUGUAAUUUUAUCAUUGUUCGUUUGUGAUAUUCGCCUACAACUGAAAGUCUUUAAAAAUUUAUAAAUUUCUGUUUACGCCACUAUGUUUGAGAGAUCUCAAAGAUUAAUGUUUUGAAAUUCUACUAUAUCGAAAUGGGAAUAAACUUGAAUUAAUUCCUAGAGUGAAAACCACACAAUAAUCAUUGUCUUCGCAGGACAUUUUGAUUCAGUAGCCUUGAAUUUUAUUGAAUUUCGACAGUUUUAAAUGUUGUUUUCUUCAUGAACUGUAAGCUUAUGUAGGUAAUGAAUUGAAAAUCCAUUGAUCUGCAAAACUCCAAUUUUGCCACUCUAUCACAACUAAAAUGAAAAAUCCGAGUGGAAUAAAUAUUUUUAUAUAUUUCUGUAAAGUACUGUGUUCCAAUAACAUUAUUUAUAAUUUCCUCGUAACGUAAAUUGACAAUUAAUCCAAUUAUCGACCAUGUCACCAAAAGUCGUCUUUCUUGUACGUUUCCGGAAAAAUUCUAAAUCACAUAAUGACUGUACUAUACAGAUUAUCAUUGUAUUCACAUUUAUAAAUUAUUAUUUAUAUGUAUAUUGUACAUAUUUUAAACCUGAAUCAGAUAAUUAUUGAUAAUAUUGUAUUAUUGAGCCCAGGGCCGCGGCGCAAUUGUUUCUUCCGUUUAAGUUCGUUCAUAUUCUCUCAAUUCUCUCAUCACUUUUUUCAUUAACACUCUCACUCUUCGCUAGUAAGUUAACUAAAAAACUCCCCUUUUGAGUUUUGUGUCGUACGCCACUGACAAGGAUCGAAAAAGGACCUUUUGCCCAUCCCGAAGUUAGCAGACGCAAUAAGGACUUUUGAUUUGAGGUUAAUCAAAUGCUAACGUUUUCAAACUACUGCAUAAAUUUCAUUUGUAUUACAGACAGCAAAAAUUUGAAAAAAUUGGUCGGAAAAUCUAUUGGAAAAUGAUGAGGAACCGAAACUUCACAAACAUCAAAACUACUAUAACAUUUCCAACUCAAAAUGUGAGGUUAGCUCAUAAACACUACAGCAGUACAAUAAAAAUACAUUCGAAUACUUUAAAAUAUCAUCAAAGUACACGUUCAAUAAUCGAGGAUUUUUUUCUUAAAUACAUUCAGCCCAAACACAUUCAAAUACUUUGAAAUACCAUCAAAAUUCUCAGCCAAAAUGUAGAAACGGUUUUUCUCAUUCCAGCGUAAUGUAAUGAGUCACUGAUGUCAUGAGAUAUCUACCAUCUGCCAAAAGGAAAUCCGAGAAUUCGAAGGAAAUAAUAAUGAUACCCAUUUAAUUAUGAAUGUAAUGGGGUGCUGUCUAAAAAUGAUCCACUGAAUAAUCUUUACUGAAUUCUCAAAUGAAAUUAGAGCUAUAUUUGUAAUAUUAUUCAAUAUAUUCAUCCAAAACUAUUAUAACAGCAAAUACAUUAACUCAAAUCAUAAUAAAUGUUCUGGUACAUAUCUCUAUGAAAUUUGAUCUCUCAUUUAUUAUUUUUUGUUUCAUUUUCACUUCAGUAAAACAUAUAUCAAUACAAAAGUGAAAAUACAAAAAUAAAAUACAAUCAAUAGUUUCGAGUUCUGAAUAAUGAAGUAUUGAGAAAAAUGUGUUAAUGAAUUGAUGUGUUGAAAUACAUUUAAAAUACAAUGAAUACAAUUAAUAAUUCCGAGUUAUGAAUAAUAAAGUAUUGAGUAAAACGUAAGUGGAUGUGUUGAAGUACAUUUGAAAUACAAUGAAGACAAUUAAUAGCUUCGAGUUAUGAAUAAUUAAGUAUUGAGAAAAAUGUAAUAAUAACUUGAUGUGUUGAUAUACAUUUGAAAAAAGUAAAUUAUAAAACAAAGUGUUCGAAUGGAAAAAACGACAGGUUUUAGAUUCUGAAUACGUUGAUGAUGGUAUUUUAAAGUACUCAGUAUAUUGAUUGUACCAUAAUCUCAGUUGUAUUUUCUUUAUUAUAAAAUGUAUCACAUUUAUUCACAUUUUUAGUGAAGUAUACUGCUGCUUGACCAAAAAUAAUCUGUAAUGAAAUAUUUGUUUCGUAAAAAUCCAAAAAUUAGCUAUAUUUCAGGCCAAUGAUCAUCAACAUAACACAGGCAAAAAUUCACUCUUCCGAAUGAGAAUAUCCAGGAUCGAUUUUUAAGAGAUUGAUAUUUAUUUUACUGUUGAUUUUUGAAAGCCUGAGUACUAUUUUCGUUGUUAUUCCAUAUAUUCCAAACAUUACUCUUGAAUAUUACAUCACUGUACCUGCAUAUUUUUAAAGAUUUCGGAAGUUGCUACGAUUAUGUAUACAAUUGUAUUAUGUAACAAUUUGAAUUUUUUCUUCGAAAACUCUUUUGGAUAUUCAUCCGAUUUCAAUAUUGCUAUCUAGCAUGUCAUCUGAAGAAGUAACAUUUUAUUUUCUGUAAGGAGCAGAAUGCUUCAGAAAUUUACAGGUAGUUACGAAAAGGCACAGAUAUGAUUGGAUUAUAUCCAGAAGCAGAUAUUCUUGGAGAUUUUUCAUCUGAAUAACAACUACUUUUUACUCUCCUGGAUUCAUGAAAAGCAAAACGUUUGGUUCCCUCUCUCUUUCUUCUUUAAGAUCUACUUAUAUGCAUUAUUUUCCAAUUCACCUCAAAAAGCUUAUGUCCCUUUUGCCAAUUCGUUUCUACAAAGUCAAAAAAAACA